AUGGAUAACCCAUUGUUCAAAUAUAUUUUGGAAACUUCCCCCAAGAAAUGGGUACAAAAAAUGGAAAGAUCGGAACAUGGGAAUAGAUCAGAUACCAAUACGGACUACCCAUUUCCAUUGUUGUGCUUUCUGAGAUUUCAUACCUAUACACGGGUUCAAGUUUCGAUCGAUAUUUGCGGAGUUGAUCAUCCCUCUCGAAAACGAAGAUUUGAAGUGGUCCAUCAUUUACUGAGUACUCGGUAUAACUCACGCAUUCGUGUACAAACCAGUGUAGACGAAGUAACACGAAUAUCUCCGGUAGUCAGUCUAUUUCCAGCAGCUGGCCGGUGGGAGCGAGAAGUCUUUGAUAUGUCCGGUGUUUCUCCCAUCAAUCAUCCGGAUCUACGCCGUAUAUCAACAGAUCAUGGUUUCGAGGGUCAUCCAUUACGAAAAGACCUUCCUCUGAGUGGAUAUGUGGAAGUACGCUAUGAUGAUCCAGAGAAACGUGUGGUUUCUGAACCAAUUGAGAUGACCCAAGAAUUUCGCUAUUUCGAUUCUGCUAGUCCUUGGGAACAGCGUAGCGACGGAUAA